CUCAUAAAUGUUAUCCAGAAAAAAGAGAUUUCAUGGACGACCUAAAACUUUUUGAAUGUGCCGAAUCAAACAUGAAACUUUUGAUUCAAUAAGAAGAUUAAAAAAACGUUGUUCAGCUGUCGCGACUCUAUUUCUCAUUCUUUGGGAGGAAACGGAAGUAUUCUCGGAUAUCAAGUUCUAGGAAAUAAUACCAACAUGAGAACCACACAAUUUGGUGAGGAUGAAGGUUGCUCCGGAUACUGGGAUGAGCUGGUGUGUUGGCCCCAUGCUCCACCCAACUCUAAACUCAUCCAACCCUGCCCCAUGCAUCUCCAGGGGGUUAUAAAGACAAGUUUAGCCUGGAGAGAAUGUGGUGAGGACGGAUGGAUGGACAGGGAAGGAUCUAGUACUAUGUUUAGUAACCAGAGCUUUACUCACUUCAAGGAUUGCUUUCCGAGUCGAAUGUUUGUGGAUGCGAGCAAGUUCCUGAAUGACUCAGAUUGGAACCGUGAAUGGAAGGACUGGGUACUGGAUGCUACAGCAUAUGUUUAGGAGAUGGGA